AUGUCAGACCCCCAGCCAAGGUGGGUGCCACUGGGACAGGCGCUGGAGCUGGUGUACCCCAGUGACUUCCGGCUCACGGACAAGGAGAAGAGCAGCAUCUGCUUCCUGUCCUUUCCUGACUCCCACUCAGGCUGCCUCGGGGACACGCAGUUCAGCUUCCGCAUCCGUCAGUGUGGAGGGCGGAGGAGCCCUCGGCCCACCGACGACGACAGGCACUACGACAGCACGGCCCCCGUGUCACUGCAGAGGGAGUCCGCACACUACUUCGGCUACGUGUACUUCCGGCAGGUGAAGGACAGCUCCGUGAAGAGGGGCUACUUCCAGAAGUCUCUGGUGCUGGUGUCCCGCCUGCCCUUCACCCGGCUGUUCCAGGCGCUGCUGAGCCUCAUCGCCCCCGAGUACUUUGACAAGCUGGCGCCCUGCCUGGAAGCAGUGUGCAGCGAGAUUGACCAGUGGCCGGCCCCGGUGCCUGGGCAGACCCUGAACCUGCCAGUCAUGGGCGUCGUCCUGCAGGUACACGUCCCAUCCAGGGUGGACAAGCCUGAAUCCAGUCCUCUGAAGCAGUGUGGCCCAGAGAACCUGCUGCCGGCCCCGCUGGUGCUCACCAGUGUCCACGAGCUGGACCUGUGCAGGUGCGGGCAGGGCCUGCCCAGUGGUGCUCAGGGGCCUGCUGUGCCCCCACCCCCUCCCCCCCAAAGCUGCCUGCAGCCCCUCAAGUUCUGCUGCGACUAUCGCCCCUACUUCACCAUUCACGACAGCGAGUUCAAGGAGUUCACUACGCGCACGCAGGCCCCACCUAGUGUGGUCCUGGGGGUCACCAACCCUUUCUUCAUCAAAACUCUCCAGCACUGGCCCCACAUCCUCCGCGUUGGGGAGCCCAGGAUGUCAGGCGGCCUCCCGAAGCAGGUCAAGCUGAAAAAGCCCUCGAGGCUGAAGACCCUCGACACCAAACCAGGCCACUCCCCCCGACAGGAGCACUACAUGGCCAGCCUCAUGCCCCUGCGGAAGAGCAUCACGCCCUGGAAGACCCCUCCCCAGGUCCGCCCCUUCCACCAGGAGGACUUCCUGUGCAGCCUAGAGCAGGCGGGGCCCCAGCUCACCUGCAUCCUCAAGGGUGACUGGCUGGGUCUCUACAGGCGGUUCUUCAAGUCCCCCCACUUUGACGGCUGGUACCGGCAGCGGCGCAAGGAGAUGGCCCAUCAACUGGAGGCCCUGCACCUGGAGGCCAUUUGUAGGCGAAGCAGCGAGAGCCCAGCUCCCCACGGGGGCAGCUCUGGCUUCCUGUGCUUCCUGUCCGGAGGCACCGUGUGCCAGUCAGGGCUGCCCGUGGGCGCCGGAGGCUCGGAGGAGGUGCUCUGUGCCUCGGGGGUGGGCCUGCAGGUGCUUCGAGGCCAGGAGGCGGAGGCCAGGGUGCAGUCCUGGGGCGGCCACACCCAGGCCUGCCGCCUGCAGCUGUGCCAGGCCCCGGUCAUAGGUUAG